GGAGAAGGAAAACGCAAUACGUAAGUUGUGACUUUGCGAGAGAGACGCGGAACGAAGCCGCAGAAACUUUGAAUGGAAAGUGUGAUUGAUUUUGGGAAAACCAAGCCAAACAAUGUGUUAUAUUGUACUUCCAGCUUAUCCCAAAUAAAUACAAAUUAAAUUAAAAUAAUAAAUAAUCGCGGUUGGCGUGUCCAAUGUGUAAAAUUAAAAAGUAGCUUGGUUUCGCGGCGUGUUUGGGGUCAACGUGCAAUUAACGGUUUUUAAGAGAAUAUGCCGUUGAUGUUCCUCGCAGACAUUCUCAGAUGCCAAGUGGGUCUGAGUGAGAAACAGAGAAAGAUAGAGAUAGAGAUAGAUAGAUAGACGCACCUGUUAAGUUUUCUUCUCUUUCAUUUAUUUCUGUUGCACGCUCUUCUCCUGUGAUCUUUUUUCCAUUUCUCUCUCUCUCUCGCCAUUCAAGGAUUCUGUUCGUGCAGCUCUCUAUGGUUUUCUGGAGCUCCUAAAGUGAACUUCAUUGCUAGAAAUUUGAUACAUAAUAUUAGAUUUUUUUAAAAAUUUAAUUGGAAUGGGCUCUAGCAAGCAGUCUGCUCGUAUUCUUGAUACGUUGAAAAUGGAGAGGGUUAGAACUAUUUUAACCCACACUUAUCCAUACCCUCACGAGCAUUCCCGCCAUGCUGUAAUUGCUGUUGUUAUCGGUUGCCUCUUUUUCAUCUCAUCUGACAAUAUACAUACUCUUGUAGAAAAAUUAGACAACAAUGUUAAAUGGUGGUCUAUGUAUGCCUGCUUGUUUGGGUUCUUUUAUUUCUUUUCAUCACCAUUUAUACACAAGACUUUCAAACCGAGCUAUUCAAAUUUCAGUCGAUGGUACAUAGCUUGGAUUUUAGUGGCAGCUGUGUAUCAUCUUCCUAGCUUUCAGUCAAUGGGAGUGGAUAUGAGGAUGAACCUAUCUUUGUUUUUGACCAUAUAUCUCUCUUCCAUCUUGUUUCUUUUUGUCUUCCACAUUAUAUUUCUUGGCCUCUGGUAUAUUGGCUUUGUUUCACGUGUAGCUGGAAAGAGACCAGAGAUCUUGACCAUUCUCCAAAACUGUGCAGUACUUAGCGUGGCCUGCUGUGUAUUUUACAGUCACUGUGGUAACCGUGCCAUGCAAAGAGAGAGAACGCUUUACCAAAAAAAUUCUAACUGGUUUUCUUUCUGGAAGAAAGGGGAUGGGAACACUUGGCUUGCAAAGUUUCUUCGGAUGAAUGAAUUGAAAGACCAGGUUUGCUCAUCUUGGUUUGCUCCAGUUGGUUCUGCGAGUGAUUAUCCUCUCUUGUCAAAAUGGGUUAUUUAUGGCGAGGUACUUAUAAUAAUAUAAUUAUUUGAUUAUAAAGU